AUGGAUACAAUUGAUUUCGAUGAAUGUCUUAAAGAUUCUCCUGCUUAUCGAACUCAACUUCGACAAGCAGCAAAUCAUAUUGAUCUACUUGAAGAUCGUUUAGAACAGAUGUUUAAAAUGUGCAAUUCUGUAAUUAAUAAUGGAAAAGUAUUUGUACAAGAAUUUCAAAAAUUUCUAAAAUGUAUUUUUGAUGUACGUGAAUUAUUUUCUACAGAUGAAGUAGCUUAUAAAAGUUUAGCAAAAUUUGGAAAUUAUUUACGUGAAAUUCAAACACUUUUUUCUAAUUUACUUGAACAAACAUCACAUAGUCUUUUACGAACAUUAACACGUAUGUUAAAAGAUGAUAUAAGAAAAGUUAAAGAUCAAGGCAAAUUAUUUGAACGUUUAAGUUCAGAUUAUGAUAUUGCUUUACAAAAGAAUGCUGAUGCGUCGAAAACUAAACCUCAUAUAUGUGAUGAUGCCAGUAAAAUUUUAACAGCAACACGUAGUUGUUUUGGUCAUACAUCAAUUGAUUAUACAUAUCAAAUAAAUGUUUUAUAUAAUCAACAUAAAGUUGAAUUAAUUGAAUUAUUUUUAUCAUAUAUUAAUUUUCAUAAAGCAUUUUUUCAUCAAGGUUAUGAAUUAUUAUCUAUAGAUACUGAAAAAGAUUUUAAUUCAAUUACAACAGAAUUAGCUAAAAUGAGACAAGAGAAUGUUCAAAAACAAAAAAUAUUAGAAAAAGUCCAUGAUACUAAUCAAAAAAGAUGGAAAUUUGAUGAUAAUCGAAAUGAUGGAGUUUCAACAGACACAUUAUUAUCUAUACCAAAAGAACAAUUACGAAGAAAUCAAUCACAACAAAGUUUAUCGAAUAUUACAGGUACAUUAACAUAUGGAGUUGAAGCAGCAAAAGAAGGCUAUCUAUUUAAACGUUCUCAUAAUAAAUUCAAAACAUGGAAUAGACGUUGGUUUUUAAUUCGUAAUGGUCAAUUACUCUAUAUGAAACGUAAUAAUGGAAAUUCAAUGAAUGAUAGUUCUCAACAACAAUCAUCAUAUUCCGUAAUGAUAUCUGAUUUACGUUUAUGUACAAUUCGUCCAUCGAAUGAUAAUGAUCGUCGAUUUGUUUUUGAAAUUAUUUCACCAAAUAGUUCACAUCUUCUUCAAGCUGAUUCACAAAUUGAAUGUGAUCAAUGGAUUAAUUCACUUCAAUUAGCAAUAACUAAUUUAUUUAAAUCGUCAGAUAAUGGAAAUGCAAAUUCAUUUGCAUCAUUACCAAGAAUGUUCUCUGAUGAUCGUCCAAAUACAUUUUUAACUGCUAAAGUUGAAAUAAAACAACAAAUGAUUAAAGAUAAAAUUGAAUAUGUACGUUCACUUACAGGCAAUGAAAAAUGUUGUGAUUGUGAUGCAGAUGAACCAGAAUGGGCAUCGAUCAAUUUAGGAAUUUUACUUUGUGUAAAUUGUGGUGGUGCUCAUCGAGGUCUUGGUGUUAGUCUUUCAAAAGUUCGUUCACUUCAUAUGGAUACAUGGGAUUUAGAAACAUUAAUUGUUAUGUCUGAAUUGGGCAAUACUGUUGUUAAUAGUAUAUAUGAAGCACAUUUAUCGAAUGAUAUGAAAAAACCAAAUGCUGAAACAGAUGCGUAA